AUGGCGGCGAGGGAGCCCGAAGGAGCGCAGGCCUUCGAGGCCCACCUCCGGGCCCUCACCGCGGCCUUGGACCUGCAGGCCAGCUUGGUGCGCAGCGCCCUCGACCUGCACCCGGCCUCCCCGCUCGUCGACUUCAAGGGCCUGGCCAACGAGGCGGUCACGAAGUUCAGCGUGGCGAUCGGCGACUUUCGGUCCGACCUGAUCGCUGUGGCCGCCAAGCCCGCGGACGACGGGGAGCCUCCGAAAGUGGCCGUUGCCGAGGCGGUGCCGGACGUCGCACCUCCAGACGCAGCACCCACGGGUUCGACCACGAUGGCUGCAGGAACGACCACGUCGGCUGACCCAGAGCCGAGGCGUCCCAGCCACGGCAGCCGCAGGAGCAGCGCGAUGCAGUCCAAGGGCUUCUCGCACAGCAUGCUGUCCAGGGAGGAUGCCGAGCAACUCGCUGUCUACGGCUCGGCGGGCUCGCGGUCGCGGAGCCAGUCGCAGGGGUCAGAUGCUGUCGUGGGGGUGGAUAACGAUUUCCCUUUGGGUGACCUGGACACGAGCUUCAACGAUGCGAGGAACCGGGGGGAGUCCUCGUGUUGCAUCGACGGCGUGAUACACCCAGAUUCGCCCCCGCGUCUCGCGUGGGACCUGGUGAUCAUCGUGCUGGUCCUGUGCGACAGCGUGGUGAUACCCUUCCAGCUGGCCGAAUUCAGCACAGAGCUGGGGUUCGAUGAUGUCUGGCUGUGGCUAUUGGUAUGCAUCUUCGUUUGCGAUUUGGUGGCGAAUUUCUUCACCGGGUACCCCGCAGGAAAGAAUGACAAGCUCCGACAAGAGGGAACGAUUAUCACAAACAAAGCCAGCAUCGCAUCUCACUACCUUCGCGGAUGGUUCUGGAUUGAUUUUUUAAGCACUGUGCCAUGGUCUGUCUGCGUUGAUGCCAUGUGGUCGGAUGGUAAGUCGGACACGUCUUCGGCGGGCCAAGUGACGAAGCUCGCUAAGAUUGUCAAGCUGACGCGACUUCUGAGGUUGGUGAGGAUGCUACGGCUCGUCAAGCUGUCUGUCAUCUGGGAGCGCCUCGAAGGCCAGAUCGGGUCCAUCACUGCCUUGAACAUGGUUGUGUUGGUCAAGGCCCUUGCCAUCUGGACCGUGAUUUGCCACUGGGGCGCGUGCGCUUGGUGGAUGGUAGGCACGAGGAACAGUUUGGUGAUGCUCCUCACGUUCCAGGACGACGAUCCAGAGGCCCUCCACUGGACGGAGUUGCCGCGCGUGCACAGCUCGCGCGACGAUAUGCAGUGGAAGUGGGUAGAGAGGCCCGCGUCGGAGCAGUACGUGUUCUGUUUCUACUGGAUCUUGGGAGUGAUGCGCACCAUGCCGGCUGAAGUCACGCCAGUCAAUUUGUCAGAGAGGAUGUUCGUCCUUCUCUUCAUGUUCUUCGCCGUAAUGGCUUUCGCUAUCAAUGUCGCCCGCAUUACACAGGCUUGGUUCAAAUUCAGCGCCCGCAGAGACGCGUUCAAGGAGGAGAUGGCGUAUGUCCGCAUGAACCUACGAGCCAUCGACUGCGGGAGCACGUUGCAGAAGCGCUCACAAGCAUAUUUGAAUUACUUAUUUGAGAAGAGGAAGAUCCACGCCAAGGAGCUUAGCCUGAUGAAUACCCUGCCCGAAAAACUGAAGAAGCAGCUGAGCCAGGCCCACAGGAUCCGAUACCUCAGGCUGGUCCCACGGCUCCAGGAGUGGAGCGUUCCAGUGCUGCGGCGCGUGUGUGACGCAACCGAGACCGUAGACUACCUGCCUGGUGAUAAAAUCACUGAGAGGUACAACGACGCGGAGGCCGCGUUCGUGCUCAUGAGGGGUGGCAUACACGUCUACAACCCGCAGGACCACCCCCAGCUGGACCGCGGCCGAAGCGGCCUCAGCGACGGCAGCCUCGGGAGCCUGGCGUCGGUCCUCAGGCACCUGCAGCUGUCCUCUCGAAGGAGGACCCACCUGACGAUCCUGGACGACCACUGCCUGUGCGAUCUGGGGGACACGGCGUUGAGCAAGAAUACCGUGGUGGCGCUCGAGUGCUCGGAGGUACUGCGCAUAGACCGGCAAAGGUUCCAUGAUGUGUUGCUUGAGCUCUCACUUGAUCAGACGCAGAUCAUGCAAAUGUCCGGUGGCCCCAAGCGAAGCAGCGAGAACGGUGCUCAGGCGCAGCAGGACAGGGGCACCGACCGUGUAGUGAGGCGCUCGUCCAUUAUGCAAUACUUCGUGGCUGGCCAGGUGUCCGUCUAA